AUGAAGCCCUGGACGCUCAUGAUUCCACUGAUAAUGUCGGCAACUACCGCUACAACCCUCCAUUCAAGCUACACAAACCCCAUUCUCCCGGGCUGGCACUCAGACCCCAGCUGCAUCUUUGUCGCAGAAGAAGACAACACUUUCUUCUGCACCACCUCGUCCUUCCUCACUACUCCCGCAAUCCCCAUCUACGCAUCCAAGGACCUGACAACCUGGAAACUAGCCAGCCACGUCGUAACCCGGCCCUCCCAGGUCCCCGAAAUCAACAACAGCACUUCGCAAACUCAACAAGAUGGCCUCUGGGCGUCGACAAUCCGCUACCGCAAGGGCAAGUUCUACCUUCUCACUUCGUACGUCUCGAUGUAUCCGGACUUCAAAUUCACAGGACUCCUCUUUACAUCUACGGAUGUAUUCAGCGACGCAGCUUGGAGUGACCCGCUAAGAUUCGAGAUCGGAGAUAUCGAUCCCGACAUCUUCUGGGAUGACGAUGUCGACGGCCAGGCGUACAUAACGUACGCCGGCAUAAGCCAAGUUCCCAUCGACCUGGAAACGGGCGAAACAGGGGCCGCGUACAAGCUCUGGUCCGGUACAGGCGCGGGACUCCCUGAAGGCCCGCACAUUUACAAGAAGGACGGGUGGUACUACCUCUGCAUCGGCGAGGGCGGGACAGAACUCGGCCACCAGCAGGUCAUCGCGCGGGCGAGAAAGGUCUCUGGCCCCUACGAGGGAUAUGAGGGCAACCCUGUGCUCACGAAUAAAGGGACGAGCGAGUACUUCCAGACGGUGGGACACGCGGACCUCUUCCAGGAUAAGAAGGGGAACUGGUGGGGUGUUGCGCUGGCGACGAGAUCUGGGCCCGAUUGGAGGGUUUAUCCCAUGGGGAGAGAAACGGUUCUCUUCCCUGUUACGUGGGAGGAGGGGGAGUGGCCUGUCUUCGGGGCCGUGCGGGGGAAGGCGACGGGUCCUCUACCUGUUGCUGAGGGUCACAGUGUGCCUGGGCACGGCCCGUACGUGGAUGCAGACGAUGAGAUUGAUUUCAAGUCUGGAAGCCAUAUCCCCAGACACUUCCUUUUCUGGAGAUUCCCCAACGAAGACUCGUUCACCAUCUCCCCAGCCGAACGGCCACACUCGCUGCGAUUACUGCCAUCAAAGUCGAACAUCACCGGUCCAGGGACUUCAGAAGAAACAACAGACUUCGACCCAGCCAUAACCCUGAUAACCCGGGUCCAGAGCCACACAUACUUCACGUACAGUGUGGACAUCUCCUUUGCCCCCACAAAACUAGGCGAAGAAGCCGGCGUCACCAUUUUCCUAACGCAGUACCAACAUAUCGAUCUGGGGAUCGUUCUCCUUCCCUCCUCUUCUCCUCAACAUUCUUCAUCUCCGAGGCCAGCCCUAGAACCGCAUAUCCGCUUCCAAACAACACACCUCGACGACCUGAACACACCCGCAACGCAGAACGUGUCCGUGCCCGAGACCGUGGUGCAGGCGCUACCUUGCCCGCGCGGCGAGGAGAUCAGAGCUAGACUCCAGAUCCAGGCUGUCGAUGAUGCGCACUAUACACUCUCUGCUACACUCCUACACUCAGGCGAGAAAUUUGAGUUCAAACGGAAAGUACAAAGUGUCCUGGUCAGUGGAGGGACGGGGAGGUUUACUGGUGUUCUCCUUGGUGCGUAUGCGACGAGUAAUGGGGGUGAGGGGACGACGCCGGCGUAUCUCAGUCGGUGGAGGUAUAGAGGGCUGGGUCAGAAGACCGAGUAG